AGUUUCUCCUCCGCUAUUAGCAAAAUCUUUCUUCUUUCUGCUGGAUAUAUGAAAAGCAACGGAAGAACUCGUGGGACGAUUUGAAGCUCUUUGAAUCAAUCAGAGUCUUCCCAAUGCAGAGAACGCUCUCACUUGCGGCUUCUAAGUCUUCUUCUUCGAGUUCAGUUCUGUCUGUUCGUCCUCUCAUGGCUAAGUUGCAGUGCAGGGCAAUUCAGAAUUUCCCAGCCUCGUCUUCCUCUUCAUUAGUUCGGGUGGAUAAAGUCUAUAGAAAUGUAUGCCAGCUUCAGUUUAAAAGGGAAAAUGCAAGUUGUUUUAAGUUAGCUUGCGCACUUCCUUCGCAUCUGAGGCUUCUCAGUUCUGUUAGUUAUGCAACACAUUGGAGCAGUUCGAGUUUAAGGUCAUUUGGAAAUAGUUUCAGACCGUUUCCGGGGAGAUAUUUUUCUCAAGUCCCCAAUGCUGGAAAAAAGGAUAAGAUUGUUGGUGGUGAUGGAAAAGGUGGUGGGAAUAGAUCAGGUAUCAACAAGUUUAAUAAGAAGUGGAAGAAGCAUAAGGUUUUGGCUUCCUCUGAAGUUGAAGUGGUGGCUUCUACUGAACCAGUUAUUGGAGAUGUUAGCAGUGGCAUCAAGGUGGACCUAUCAACUGCAGCUUCACCUGCCUCUACUGUCAAACCAAAACGGCGCCCAAAGAGCAAGAAAGUCCAAGACAAAUCUUCCUCAACGGUAUCGGUUUUGGAGGAGGUCGCUGUAGAAGAGAGUUUGAAAAGCGUUCCCAAGUCAAAACAUUCUGGCUCUGGAAAUCGCAAGUUGUCAUCUGCUAAGAAGGAGGUGGCAAUUAUGGAGGUGCCUAAAAGUUCUGACCCAUCAAAUUCCAAGUCGGAACAACAGCAUGGGAAGUCAACAAAAGCAAGCAAUGCACCAAAACAGGAGGAGGCUGGGGAACCAGCCUCUACUGUCAAAACAAAACGGCGGCCAAAGAGCAAUAAAAUCAAUGACAAAUCUUCUUCAGCGGUACCAGUUUUGGAGGAGGUCUCUGUAGAGGAGAGUUCAAAAGGCGUUGCCAAGCCAAAACAUUCUGGAUCUCGAAAUCGGAAGUCUGCAUCUGCUAAGAAGGAGGUGGCGAAAAAUCCCUUGGAGGGGGCCAAAAGUUCUACUCCAUCAAAUUCCAAGUUGGAACAGCAGCAGUUGAAGUCAACAAAGGCAAGCAAAGCAGCAAAACAGAAGCAGGUUCCUCAACCUCAACCCAUGAAAAACAGCAUAGAGCAUCGAGGGCAAAAUGCUUCUAAACCGCUUUAUCCGCCAAGUGGAAAAUCUGUUGUUGUCGUUGAGUCAAUCACAAAAGCAAAGGUUAUUCAGGGUUAUCUUGGUGACAUGUAUGAGGUUUUGCCAAGUUAUGGUCAUAUCAGGGACCUGGCCUCCAGGUCUGGUUCAGUGAGGCCAGAUGAUGAUUUUAGCAUGGUUUGGGAGGUUCCAUCUUCCGCCUGGACUCAUAUUAAGAGCAUAAAGGUGGCAUUAAAUGGAGCUGAAAAUCUGAUUCUUGCGUCGGAUCCAGAUCGCGAAGGAGAGGCAAUUGCCUGGCACAUCAUUGAGAUGUUGCAGCAGCAGGGUGCCUUACAUGAAAGUAUGACAGUAGCAAGGGUGGUUUUCCAUGAGAUAACUGAGUCAGCAAUAAAAAGUGCACUUCAAUCCCCACGAGAAAUUGACGGGGACUUGGUACAUGCAUAUCUCGCACGGCGUGCUCUUGAUUAUCUAAUCGGAUUUAAUAUUUCACCUCUACUUUGGAGGAAACUUCCGGGUUGCCCGUCAGCUGGUCGAGUCCAGUCUGCUGCCUUGGCUCUUAUAUGUGAUAGAGAAAGUGAAAUUGACGGAUUUAAGCCUCAGGAGUACUGGACUGUAGGAAUCAAAGUGCAAGGGAAAGAAUAUUCAGCCCCUUUUCCAGCUCAUUUGACCAGUUUAAAUUCAAAAAAGUUAAAUCAGCUUUCUAUAAGCUCUGAAGCAGAGGCACAAGACAUUGAGCAAAGGAUCAGGUCAGAAGGUUUUCUAGUGAAGGGCACUAAAAAAAGCACUAUACGGAAAAACCCACCAACUCCAUAUAUAACAUCCACCCUCCAGCAGGAUGCUGCUAACAAAUUGCAUUUUUCAACAGCUGUGACCAUGAAGCUUGCCCAAAAACUAUAUGAGGGUGUCCGACUGUCCGAUGGUAAAUCAGCCGGUCUUAUAACAUACAUGCGGACAGAUGGUUUACAUAUAGCUGAUGAAGCUAUCAAAGAUAUACAGUCCUUGGUGGUAGAAAGGUAUGGGAAGAAUUUCACAUCAGCUGGUCCUCGUAAAUAUUUUAAAAAGGUUAAGAACGCUCAGGAGGCGCAUGAAGCUAUUAGACCUACCGAUAUACGUAGAUUACCGUCAACGAUUGCCAGCCUGGUUGAUGCUGAUUCUCUAAAAUUAUAUACCUUAAUAUGGUCACGAACUGUGGCAUGUCAAAUGGAGCCGGCUUCGAUUGCGCUGAUGCAAAUUGAUAUUGGAAAUGCCUCUGAAUCCAUUAUCUUCAGAUCAUCAUGCUCAAAAGUCGACUUCCUUGGAUACCAGGCAGUUUAUGAGGAUCCUGAAGCUAAGGCAAUUAAAAACAAAGACGAUGCUCAGACUAGUGAGCGGGAGGCAACUUUUGAAACUCUCAGUUUGUUGAAGGAUGGGGAUCUGCUACAUAUUGGUGAAGUGGAGCUUAAGCAGCACCAUACUCUGCACCCACCACGUUAUAACGAGGGGUCACUGAUUAAAAAGCUCGAGGAGUUCGGAAUAGGUAGACCCUCAACAUAUGCAUCUAUAUUUAAGGUUUUACAGGACAGAAAGUACUUAACAGUAAAGAGCCGAGUACUGUAUCCCGAAUUCCGUGGGAGGAUGGUUUCAGCUUUUCUUACCAACUACUUCACUGAGGUCACAGACUAUAGUUUUACUGCUGAUAUGGAGACUGAGCUUGACAACGUUUCUGGUGGUGUAACUGAAUGGAAAGGUCUCCUAAGAGACUACUGGACACGAUUCAGCGCGUAUUGUAAGCGUGUUGAAAAUGUCCAAAUCCAGCAGGUGGAGAAAAUGUUGGAAAAAAGAUACGAGGACUUUUUGUUUUCUUCCCUUCCUGAUCCCACUAGGACUUGCCCGAGUUGUUCGGAAGGUACCUUAAUUUUCAAAAUAAGUAAGUUUGCUUCCGGGUAUUUCAUUGCUUGCGAUCAGUUCCCUUCAUGCAAGUUCAUUGCUAAAACGCUUUAUGGAGAGGAUGAGGAUGAUGAUGAUCCUCCAAAAAAUACCUGCGUAGAAGAGCCCAAAUUGCUAGGCCUACAUCCCAAUACCAGUGAGAAGGUUAUUUUAAAGUCCGGUCCCUAUGGGCAUUAUGUACAGCUUGGUGAGGACAGAAAAGGGCACUUACCAAAACGAGCAAAUGCGGCCCAUAUAAAGGAUGUGAACACUAUUACGCUUGAAGAUGCUCUCGAAUUAUUACGCUAUCCUCUGACACUGGGAACCCACCCUGAAGAUAAGCAGCCUGUGGUCUUGAAGCUUAGUAAAUCUGGAUUUACUGUUCGACAUCGUCGCACUAUGGCUACUGUUCCAAAGAACAUGGAACCAGGUGAGGUUACUUUAGAGAAAGCAAUGAAGCUCUUGUCUGGCAAAAAUGUGAGAAUGUGUGGCAGACCCAAGAGGAUCAAGCCAACAGUGGAUGAGGAAGAGGAAGGAGAUGAAGAAGUUGUUGAGGCGAUGUAAUCUUUAAUUAGGGCCAUACCUACUGAAGACGUAAAGAAAUAUUCGCCUACAUCACUAAAUUUGUAUGUAAAAAUUAGAAAGCAAAUGAAAAAAAUAGACAGUCUGCUAAGUUUCUAUAUAUUCCUCAACUUAAUCACCAAUUCAUCACUCAUAUCUUGAAACUUUUUUUUUAUGAUCACAACUUAAUAAAUAGCCAU